AUGCAAACGAUCAAGUGUGUCGUUGUCGGCGACGGAGCUGUAGGAAAGACGUGUUUGCUCAUCUCUUACACUACCAAUAAAUUCCCAUCUGAAUAUGUGCCUACAGUGUUCGACAAUUAUGCGGUGACUGUCAUGAUUGGAGGAGAACCGUACACUUUGGGAUUGUUCGAUACUGCUGGACAAGAGGAUUAUGAUCGUCUGCGGCCGCUAUCCUACCCACAAACUGAUGUGUUUCUAGUUUGUUUUUCCGUGGUAGCGCCGGCUUCAUUCGAAAACGUCCGCGAAAAAUGGGUACCCGAAAUCGCUCAUCACUGUUCAAAAACGCCUUUUCUAUUAGUUGGAACACAG